CCUGACGAUACGGAAACGAGGCAUAAACAAUAUGGCUGACCUAAUGUCUUGAAAAUGUAAAUAAAGUGUCAAAAAUGACAAUAAGUACUGGUUGUCUAAGGAAAAAGAAUGGCAAGAAGUGUAGCAUGGAGAAGAACAUUGAAUGAUAUUGUAUGUUGGAGGCAAGCAGAGGCUAGCAAUGCUACAAUAUAUAUUUUACGUGAAACAGGACCAACUGCCUUUCUUUUAAAAGAAGAGGGAGAACAGAAAAAUGUUAAGGCUUUUCUUGGAGAUCCUCACAGCUGUACAUGUGCUCAAUUUAGAAAAGAUAAAGACCUGUGUAAACAUAUCUGUUGGCUUUUAUUGAAGAAAUUCCGAGUACCAAAGGAAAAUCCAUUGACAUGGCAGUUAGGAUUGGUAGAAAGAGAAAUCAAUGAGAUACUGAGAGGAACAGUUCAACAGCAACAACGUAGACAACAGGAGAAGAAAGUUCAUAGAACUGUUCUACAAGCAGCAGAUGGACGAUCUGUGGUUGGUCAGAGAGAUAUAUCUGAAGAUGACGUCUGUCCUAUAUGCCAGGAUGAACUUCUGGCCAAGCAUCUUCCUGUUACGUAUUGCAAGUUUGGUUGUGGUAAUAGUAUACAUAUAAAAUGUAUGAAGGUCUGGGCUGAUCAUCAACAGGGUAAAGGAGAGACUAACGUUAAAUGUCCGAUGUGUCGAGAAGAUUUUGGGCCAUUUAAUUUAUUAAAACAAGAGAUGAGAAAUGCAGGCGGUGGUCAAACAAACACUGUGGUUCGAAUGGACAGACAUCUGGGUACAAAUUGUCAGAGUUGCCAUGUUGCUCCAAUUGAAGGAAAAUGUUACAGGUGUGUUGUAUGUGCUGAUUUUCAACUAUGUCAGUCUUGUUUUAACUCUCCAAUACAUACACAUCAUAACUUUGAAUAUAGACAUAAGCGAAAUCAAAGAUGGCGUGGAGUAAAUAGAAUGACUGGUGGUUUAUUACCAGAAGCUGUUGUUAAUAAUAUGAUGAAUAGAGAUAUUACUGCUGAUGAUUAUGAUUAUCUUCUUCAAUUAGAUAGUAAUCAAGAAUUUGAAGGCAGUGAUUUAACUGAAGAAACGGUAAAUUCUCUACCACAAGAAAAAGUACGAGAGGGUGGACAGUUACUCGCUCCUGGUGUACAGUGUCGAAUCUGUUUACGAGGUUAUGAAAUUGGUCAAGUUGUUCGUAGGUUACCAUGCCGACACAAGUUUCAUAAAGAUUGUGUAGAUAAUUGGUUAUUGCAUACACGUCCAGUAUGUCCCGUUGAUGGUCAAUCUGUUAUAACACCAUUACAAGAUAUCUCAUCACCUAACUCUCUAAACAGAGAGAGGCGUAGUAGUACUUCAUCUGAAGCCAUCCGGAUAGUAGCAGCUAAUAAUCAACAGCAGCCGGUCAAUCUGGAAAUUCCUGGUUUUGGUUUAACUAUAGCACCUGCAGCUAGAACAGAAGGCAGUAAUGGAAUUCUGUUACGUAGACCCCCACGACAAAACCAUUCUCAUCACAGAGCACCAUCCUCUUUAGAACUUGCAGGAACAAGGUUUCUUAAUUCUGAACCAAGAUUUAAUGAGGUACAUACAGAAACAACACCAUCAUCCUUGUUACCAGGCAACAGAUUAUUACAUCGAGCUGAACAACAGCGACAAAUGAUAAAUCAACAGUUGUCAAUGAUAGAUAGACAUUUAGAAACUAGACCAACUAUUAAUGCACCACACAAUAUAGAAUUAAAUAAUAUAUUACGUACUGGAAGUAGUAGUGCCCCGCCCUUAGUGAGUAGAAAACCACCUGCAGGACAACCGAUCUCAAAUCAAUCAAAUACUGAUUCGCCUACUGUACGGAGAGGUAGAACAACUCAACGUAAGCCAACUAAUGAUGUUAAACAUCCUUAUUUAAAACGUAGAUCAGGUAGUCGAGAUAGAUCCGCAUCAAGAGAAAGAAUAUUAUCACAAGCUAUUCAACAAGCACAAGAUUUGAAUGUGCAGAAUUUAUUCUUAGGUAACAAUCCUCGAACCAAUCCAAUACAAGGGGAGGUAAUUCCAACAGUUUCGAGCAGACGUCAAGGCCAGAUUAAAAGUAGUUCCAUAGCAGCUGCUAGUAAAUCAACACAUCAGCCAUCUCAGGGUGUUGAUAUUCAACUGGAAGGUUUAGGCCUGGAGAACAUGACUUUACGUGAUAUAAUUAACUAGAACUCUGUGAUCAAACAAGGAAUCGAACAAACCAGGAAUCAAACAAACCAGGAAUCGAACAUUGUAACUAAUUACCUGUAUAGCAAGACAUUUUAUCUGUUUUAAAUUACUGCACAGUAUUACGACUAUCGACCUUUCACCCAACCCUAACCCUAAUCAGUUAGUUCCUAUUAGUAUAAGUUAGAACAUAUUUAAACUCAGGAAAGACAACAGCCUCACAGCAUUACGACUACCAACCUUUCAUCCAACCCUAAGCCUAAUCAAUUAGUUCCUAUUAGCAUCAGGUAGAACAUAUUUAAACACCGGAAAGACACCAGCCUCACUGUUGGUUUAUACAAGAAGGAUAGAUACAUAGUAUAACACCAGGACCAGAUUAAAUUGGGGUUGGGGGGAAUCUGCCUCCAGGGGUAGAAAUAUUAAAGGAGCCCCCAAAUUGGCUCAGAAAAUCAAUUUGUACUAUAAAUAAAUAUGCCAUUAAUUAUGUUGUAUAUGUUUUUGCCAAAUAAAUCUAUCUACCAUACUGAUAUGUAGGACCACCAUGAUUUGACAAACUGUGUUUUGUUAAUAUAUAUAUUGCACCUGGCCAUCGUAUUGAAGGACAGGUAAUGAUAUCAACGUUUGACGUUUGUGACUUGUGGCAAUCAAAACGAUGUUGGUGAUCAACAAGAGAUAUUUAUUAUGUAGUUGUUUAUAUUAUGUUAAAUGUAUUUGAGAGAUUUAUUUUGAUUAAUUGUUGUAAUUUAUAUUGUAUAUAAUAAUAAUUAAGUCAUCUGUGAUAUUAAUUUGACUCAGCAUUAUCGGAAAUUUUAAUACAU